AUGGUUGCGGCGGCUCCGUGCAAGGCUAGAUCUUGCUCAGCGAUAGACCUCAAGGCAAAGACCAACUCAUCGGUGCUAUGGUCUAUUGGGAAGUCCUUGACGCGGAAUGUCAGUCUUUUUGGCUUUGCGGCCGUAGUGGUGGCGGCUUGGUCAACGCCGCGAGACGUUGACCACUCGGCCUCCGGCGCCCCCGUAGGCUGCCUGGAGUGUCGGCCGACAAGGAUUGCCGUCACCAGGAGGGUGAUGGCUGUCAGAAAGACUGCUAUGAACAGCUCCGCCGGACACACCCGCCUCCGUCUCGGGGAUCAAAGCGCGUUAUGGGAUUUUCUGGCCAAAGAGUUCUGCUCAAACGAUUUGGGCAAGAUCGCCGGCAGACUCUGGUGGAUGUCGAAGCAGGACAGCGGCAACAUAUCGCUGCUCCACCGGCAGCUGAUGAAAUAUGAGUCGGACUUGCGCAUUGCUCAAGACCUCAGCCUGCAACCCUUCCCGCCUGGCAUCACCUGGGAGCAAUUUUGCAACUUCACCCCCGGCCUGGCCAACAUCCCAGAUCGGGACGUGUCCCCGCGGUAUGCCUAUGGCGAAAUCUGCCUCACGCGUCUCAACUUCUACGCCCCAUUUCUCGGCAAAUUGCACUUCCAAAGGGUCAAAUACCAAUACGGGACAUAUUUCGCGCGCUUUCACGGCCCGAUCUUGUUCGUGCUCGCGGUCGUGCGUGUCGGUGGUUCUGAGCGGACUACAGAUCACCGUCGCGGUCGAAGACGGUGCCAGGGACCGGGGGCCGAUGGGCGGGGCGCUUUGGAUAAGUGUCGUGAUCAUCGUAGCUUCCUGCGGCCUUCUCUUUUCUAG